UCGUAGUUUCGAAAAUGUAUGCCGCGACGUACGUGCUUCGCCGUGCAUCACCACCCAGGUUAUGUAUUACCGAUUAUGGAUUCGAAAUAACGUCCAUGCGGCAUGUGUACAAGUAUUAUCGACACGUGAUAUGGGGUCAUGGUGAAAAUUUGUCGGAAAACCGAACGCAAAUUUUAUCGUUCCGGCAAUACUUGGCCAAAUCCCCGAUUUUGCUAGACCCCAAUACGUCGACCGAAGUCUAUGGGAGGUAUAAAAAGCGGGGACAAGGUCACCUUAGCAAACAGAAGUCUGGGAGCAGUCGUACGGAUCGGAAGAAAGAACGGCUGAAUAAUGGCAACAUUGAGAAGUAAACUGUUAAACACAGUGAUGGAUCCGGUUCCCACGAGUUCGCACAAAGUGACCGUGGUCGGUGUAGGUAACGUCGGUAUGGCUUGUACCAUCAGUCUUUUAGCAAAAAAUAUUUCGAGCGACUUGGCGCUGGUCGAUAUGGUGGAAGACAAACUGAAGGGAGAGAUGUUGGAUCUGCAACACGGUAGUUCAUUCUUGAGGAACGCGAAAAUCAACGCGAGCACGGAUUAUUCCAUAACGGCGAAUUCGAGCGUGUGCAUAGUGACCGCUGGUGCUCGUCAAAAGGAAGGCGAGACGAGGCUCGAUCUCGUUCAAAGAAACACGGAUAUUUUCAAAAAGAUUAUUCCCGAAUUAGUGAAAUAUAGUCCGAACACGAUCCUUCUUAUCGUCUCGAAUCCGGUCGACAUUCUUACCUACGUUGCGUGGAAGCUUUCUGGUCUUCCAAAGAAUCAAGUGAUCGGGAGUGGCACCAAUUUGGACUCGGCCCGAUUCCGCUUCCUCUUGUCCGAGAAAUUGAAAGUCGCCCCUACAUCGUGCCACGGUUGGAUGAUCGGGGAGCACGGAGACACGUGUGUACCGGUAUGGUCGGGAGUGAACAUCGCUGGAGUGAGAUUGCGCGAUCUGGACGAAACUGUUGGCACGGAUGAUGACAAGGAAAAUUGGAAUGAGAUAUAUAAAAAGGUCGUUGGAUCCGCUUACGAAGUUAUCAAGCUAAAGGGUUACACAUCGUGGGCCAUUGGCCUGAGCGCUGCCCAAAUCGUCUCCUCCAUAUUGCGAAACUCGCAACAAGUUCAUGCCGUAGCUACCCUGGUUACCGGUAUACAUGGAAUCAAAGAUGACGUGUUCCUGUCUUUGCCGUGUACACUGGGUGAAAACGGUGUCAACACUAUCAUCCAACAAAGCUUAACGGACGAGGAGAUGUACCUUUUGCAAAAAUCGGCUGAGACAAUAUACAAUGUGCAAAAAGAUUUGAAAUUAUAAGUAAUUCACGUCCCGUGUAUUUUAUGCGCGAAUAACAACACGUUCUCUCUAAAUGGAAUCCAUCGUUCAUCGUUCGUUGAAUUUUGCGCGUAUUUAUACAUAUACGAACUAUUGUUUUUUAAAAUCAUAUCUUUUGUUUCUACCUUAUAUUUACUACUUGUUUAACUUAUUUGUAAGUUAAUGAGUAGACUUUUUAAAAUUUAUUUAUAAACUGCGUAAUCGAUAUUUAAAAAUAUUGUAUUAAAAAAAAAAAUAUUUAAAUUUUAUAAUAAUAAUAUAUAUAUA